AUGAUUCAUGAAUAAGAACAUAUUGUUACCUUAAUUAUUAAUCAGCCAAUAGAGAUGGGUGAAUUUGGAAUAUAGGAAGCAAUUCAACUAUUCGAACUCUUUGGAUUGCCAUAUUAAGAAUUGUUCAGAUAAUAUUUCCCUAUAAUUUAAUUUGCAAAAAAUAUGAAAUAACAUCUUCAACUCUACCAAAUUACCUUUGUUGAUGUUUAAUUAAUAGAUUUAGAUUUAAUACCAAAAGUUUUAAAUCGAUCCAUCUUAAUGCAUGAUAUCUUAUAAAUAAUCAGUAAAGGCAAUACAAUAAAAAAUAUGUUACCUUGAGCUCUAUAAUAUAUCUAAAUCUCAAUCUUACAUGUAUGUGUGAUAUCACCAUAAAAAAAAAUAAGAGAAAAGAAUUUUGCAAGAAAUUAUGAAUUAAACAAUCGAAUUUAUUUAGGCCCAGUUUCUCUUGCUCAAGAUUUAGCAUUUUUGAUGGCCAAUUAAGCAUUAGUAUAAGAAAAUAAUUUAGUAUUUGAUUCUUUUGCAGGAAAAGAUAGUCCCUUAGUUGCUUGUUCUAAUUUUGGAGCAAUUUGUUUUGGUUCUAAAAUAUACGGUAAUGUAAUAUAUAUUUUAAAAUAUUUAGUUGAUAAAAGGACAUUGUAUUGGAUAUAUAAAUAAAAAGAGUACUUAUCUCAAAGAUCCAAAUUAUAAAUAAGUUAAACCCUAUAUAAAUUUGAACUUUUAAUAAUAUAAUCUUUCUAUUCCUAAUUUUAUAUUGUUAAAAAUAAUUAUUUAAAUAAAUAAUGUCUAGACUAUUUAUUAAUCAAAAUAUAAAUAAAAAAUUAAAAUUUAUAUCAAUUCUACAAACUGA